GAUCUCGUUGGCAGGAUGACACUGGUCGAGAAGAUACUCCAGCUCGGAGACCGGGCCCAGGGCGUCGGUCGCAUCGGGCUGCCCAAGUACGGCUGGUGGUCAGAAGCGCUUCAUGGCAUCGCCGUCACCGGCCACGCUACCUACUUCGGCGAUGUGGUUCCCGCAGCGACCAGCUUUCCCAACGUCAUCCUCGCCGCUGCAUCCUUUAACGAGUCGCUGUGGAAGAAGAUCGGACAGGCUGUUUCCACAGAAGGAAGAGCCAUGUACAACUUAGGCCAUACCGGGCUGAACUUUUGGAGCCCAAACGUAAACGUCGUAAGAGAUCCACGGUGGGGAAGAGUUCUGGAGACACCAGGAGAGGAUCCUUUUGUCGUCGGCCGCUACGCUGUAAAUUUCGUGAGGGGCAUGCAGGAUGUCGAGGGGACUGAGAACGUACAGGACUUGGACUCGAGGCCUUUGAAGGUUUCCACAUGCUGCAAGCACUACGCUGCCUAUGAUCUCGACAACUGGUUUGGUGUCUCUCGCCUCCACUUUGAUGCCAGGGUGACUGAACAAGACAUGGUGGAGACGUUCGUUCGGCCAUUUGAGAUGUGCGUCAAGGAAGGUGAUGCGAGCAGCAUCAUGUGUUCCUACAAUCGCGUUAAUGGCGUUCCAGCAUGUGCAGAUGCCAAGCUCCUUUCUCAGACAUUAAGAAAUGAUUGGCAACUUCAUGGCUACAUUGUCUCCGACUGUGACUCAGUUGAGGUGAUGCAUGAGCGACUCAAAUGGCUCGGUGAUACUGCAGAGGAUGCUGUCGGUCAAGCCAUGAAAGCCGGACUGGAUUUGGAUUGUGGGCUUGGGAAUCUGAACUACUACGAGAACUACACCUUGUCGGCAGUUGCUCAAGGCAAAGUGAGGGAGAGCGACAUCGACAAUGCUCUGAAGAACCUCUACAUGGUCCUGAUGAGGGCUGGAUUUUUCGAUAACAUAGAGGCUUAUGAGAACCUUGGACUGAAUGAUAUUUGCACAAAAGAACACAUCCAUUUGGCUGCAGAUGCCGCAAGGCAAGCCAUCGUCCUCCUGAAGAACAAUCUAACACUACCUCUGGACCCCAAGAAGUACAAAGAUGUCGUUUUGGUUGGCCCUCAUGCCAAAGCCACCAAAGCCAUGAUCGGCAACUACGAAGGUAUACCGUGUCGAUACGUCUCGCCAUUGGAUGCCAUUGCCAAGGAUGUCAGAGUGGACUACCAUGAGGGCUGUGACGUCCACUGCCGAAGCAGCCGCUCCGUCCGCCCUGCCGUGGAAGCUGCAAAGAAGGCCAAGGCGACCAUCAUAGUCGCAGGGUUGGGCCUCGAGGUGGAGAGGGAGGAACUGGAUCGGAAUGAUCUCCUCCUCCCUGGUUUCCAGACUGAGCUCAUCAACCGAGUGGCGGAGGCCUCUGCAGGUCCUGUCGUUUUGGUGAUCAUGGCGGGCGGCUGCGUCGAUGUAUCCUUUGCCCAGAACAAUCCCAAGAUUGGCGCCAUUCUCUGGGCUGGAUACCCUGGUCAAGAAGGAGGUCAAGCCAUUGCUGAUGUGAUAUUUGGGCGUCACAAUCCCGGAGGAAGACUGCCAUUGACAUGGUACAAGAAUGAGUACGUAGAUGCACUGCCCAUGACAUCCAUGCAACUGCGACCAAAUGAUCAGUUGGGCUACCCUGGUAGAACCUACAAGUUCUUUAAUGGCACUUCCCUCUACCCAUUCGGCCAUGGAAUGAGCUACACCCAGUUUAGCUACAGCAGGAAGAACGAUUCCGGUAUCUUCCUCCCCAUCAAGGUGGACAACCAUCACCUGUGCAAGCUGCCCUCCGACAAGGCUAAUGCCACAGUGGAUUCUCAUUGUCCAUCGAUAAGCGUCGACGCGUUGGGGUGCAAGGAAGAGAUAAGCUUCGAGGUGGACGUGACCAACGUCGGCAAGGUCGACGGAGACGAUGUCGUGCUGGUCUACUCGAAGCCCCCGAAAGGAGUUGCAGACGCGCCACUGAAGCAACUGGUGGCGUUCCAGAGAGUGUAUGUCGAGUCCGGGAAGACGAGCAGUGUGAAGUUUAGCCUAAAUGCCUGCAAGGCGUUGAACUUGGUGGAGAAGACGGCAUAUGUUGUUCUGCACUCCGGCGAGCAUGCCAUCGUGGUAGGAGAUGGUGACUCAGCUGUCUCCUUCCCGGUCGAGAUUGAGCUCCAGCUUUAGCUAACAUUUGAGCGUGUUUGAUUAGAUUGUGGUUUGGAUUUG